AGUGCCCUUUACUGAAUGUGUGGGAGUAGGAAGAGUGCUUAUACAGCAGCCUCAGCCUGCCUGACCUUGGGCUGCAGGAGCAGCACUAUGUCCACCAUGGUGUACCCAAGGGAGGAGAAACUGGACAAGCUGAGCCAAGAGGAGAUAAUUUCCAACACCAAGUUGGUGAUGCAAGGACUGGAGGCACUCAAGAAUGAACACAACUCCAUCCUGCACAGCUUGCUGGAGACCAUCAAGUGCCUGAAGAAAGAUGAAGAAGCUAAUCUCGUGCAUGAGAAAUCCAACCUGCUUCGCAAGUCAGUGGAGAUGAUUGAACUGGGGCUCGGAGAAGCUCAGGUGAUGAUGGCAUUGUCCAACCAUCUGAAUGCUGUGGAGUCAGAGAAGCAGAAGCUGCGUGCUCAGGUGCGGAGACUGUGCCAGGAGAACCAGUGGCUGCGUGACGAGCUUGCCAACACCCAGCAGAAGCUGCAGCGCAGUGAGCAAACUGUGGCUCAGCUGGAGGAGGAGAAGAAACACCUUGAGUUCAUGAACCAGCUGAAGAAGUAUGAUGAGGACGUCUCACCUUCGGAGGAGAAGGAGGGUGAAUCUGCCAAGGACUCCCUAGAUGAUCUUUUCCCAAAUGAGGAGGAGGAGCAUGGUCCUGGAUUGCCCCACCAGCACAGCAGUGCAGUGGCAGCUGCUCAGCAGGGAGGCUAUGAGAUUCCUGCACGCUUGCGCACCCUCCACAACCUUGUCAUCCAGUACGCCUCUCAGGGACGCUAUGAGGUGGCUGUGCCGCUCUGCAAGCAGGCACUGGAGGACCUGGAGAAGACAUCAGGCCACGAUCAUCCUGAUGUGGCCACCAUGCUCAACAUCCUGGCACUGGUGUACAGGGAUCAGAAUAAAUACAAAGAGGCAGCACACCUGUUGAAUGAUGCUCUCUCCAUCCGUGAGAAGACUCUGGGCAAAGACCACCCAGCGGUGGCAGCAACUUUGAACAAUCUGGCUGUUCUCUAUGGCAAGAGAGGGAAGUACAAAGAAGCAGAGCCACUGUGUAAGCGAGCCCUGGAGAUCCGUGAGAAGGUCCUAGGCAAAGACCAUCCUGAUGUGGCCAAGCAGCUGAACAAUCUAGCCCUGCUGUGCCAGAACCAGGGCAAGUAUGAUGAGGUGGAGUACUAUUACUGCCGGGCCCUGGAGAUCUACGAAAGCUGCCUGGGUCCUGAUGACCCCAACGUGGCCAAGACCAAGAACAACCUGGCCUCCUGUUACCUGAAGCAAGGCAAAUACAAAGAUGCAGAGGCGCUGUAUAAGGAGAUCCUUACCCGUGCUCACGUGAAGGAGUUUGGCUCUGUGGAUGAUGAACACAAGCCAAUCUGGAUGCAUGCAGAGGAGAGAGAGGAGAUGAGCAAGAGCAAGCACAGAGACAGUGCUCCCUAUGCUGAGUAUGGCGGCUGGUAUAAGGCCUGUAAGGUUAGCAGCCCGACUGUGAACACCACUCUGAGGAACCUGGGUGCGUUGUACCGACGCCAGGGCAAGCUAGAGGCAGCUGAGACCUUGGAGGAGUGUGCAGUUCGCUCUCGGCGGCAGGGCAUUGACCCAAUCAACCAGACAAAGGUGGUGGAGAUCCUGAAGGAGGGCGAUGGCACAGAGAGACGUCGGAGCCUGGGGGGCAGCGUCAAGUACGAGAAUGCCACAGACGGUAGCGAGGAAGUGAGUAUGGGCGUGGAAUGGAGCGGGGCUUAAAUGCCUUCCGAGACUCCCUCUUUCCCCUCCACCGCAAUCACCUGGAUGUUUGUGUUGUAUCUUCCGACUUUUCCUCCACACCAUCCCUCCUUCCUCGGCGAGAACUCCACGCCAGUCCCCCAACCCUCCCGGCGCGCGAGGGCACCGCGACGCCUGCGGAGGAGUGCCUGGCCACAUGGCCCAGCUCCAGUCCCGUGGUCAGCAAGAGCAGGAAGAAUCUGCGAGGAGCUGCCUGCUCCCCCAGGCCAGGGUGAUGGGCCACUGUCCCCUUGUGUGCCCCUGCCCCCAGUCUGCCCUUGCACAUCACUGGGGACCAGGCCUGCGGGGGAUUGUCUUCACUCCAGGCGUGCCGACUCCACCAUCGUUAGACAUCCUCAACCCUCCUAGCUUAUUCCCUCCAUCUCUGCUGAGGCCAGGAUGGAGGCAUGAAGAUGGGGGGGCUGUUUUGGAACAGAGAGGCCUGGCCUAGGCAGGGCUGUCGUGUGCUCUGUUGCUUUCUUCCCUGUAGGCUUAGCUGAUGUUAGUGCCCUGUAGCAAACCUGCGCUGGCCACCAGUGAGCUGGGCUCUCCCUGCAGCACAGGGCAGUUCCUGUCUUGCUAUCCUCCUCCCUGCUGAGCUCUGCAACCCAGGGGCAGCAUGUGGGUCCCUCUGCAGGGGCACAGGAAUGUAGAGCAGCCCAUAGCUACUGUACAUCCAAGAUGAGGUGAGGGGGUGACAGCCAAGGGCCAUGCAUGAAACUGGGAACUGCCAGGACAAGCAUGUUUGGUUGCAACCUCCUGACCUGAUGCUGUAGCAGAUUUCCACACCUGAUGGCGUUAAGGGGUGAAUUGGCUCCCUGCUGUUCCAAGGUCCCCAGAUGUGGCUGCUGGGAGAGGCAGGGGUGAAGCUGUUUGCUGUUCUUUGAAGGCAGAGAAAGGGUAGGAGGAAGGCGUAACUUCUCUGCAAGGGGCCAGGCCCCAGGCUAUUAGGAGUGGCUGAGAUGGAGAAUGGGCUGGUUUGGAGCAAAGUGGUUGGGAGAAAAAGGAGGUGCGAAGAAGGAUGUGAGGAAAGGAAGAGCUGGGGCUUUUGGGGUGCCCUGAGCAUGUGGGGGCAGAUGGCAUGACUGGAGGGGAGGUUUCCACAGGACGAGAAAGGGCCAGGUUGCUCAUGGAGGAGGUAAAUUCUUGAAUACAGGACCUGGCUUGCCAGGCCUGGUUCCUGGGGCUGUGACUCACUGUCUGUCCCUAGCCAAGUGGGUGGGCAAUCUGUAACUCUUACUUGCUAGGAAGACAGUGCUGAUGGCUGGGUGGGUGUGGGGGUGGCUCAGUGCCUCUGAUGGGACUCCAGGCCUGUACAGGAUCUGGUGCUGUCAGUCCCUACUGGGAAAGGGGAUGUUUCCCAGGGCCAGACCACCACUGCCUUGAGCCUCACACCCUUGGAUGCAUACCCCCAUCCCACCUCCAAUAGGAAGUGAACCAUCUUAACUGAUGGCCCUCCUACCUGGGAAGAAAGCUGGGGGAGGCUGCAGCCAGCAGGACAGAGCCCAGAGGCCAGCGCAGGGUCACACCCCUCCUUUAUUUAUUUAGCUAGAUAGUUUCUUUCAUGCUAGUCAUCUGGCAGGUUGUGAUACUAAAUGUGCUUGUGUCUGUCUGGGCCUGGCUUUCCCAUGGUGGUGCAGAGGCCUUGGGGCACAUGCGUGCUGCUCCCCUGGGAGCUUGUGCUUGCUGAAAGGAGGUCACCUCAGGACCAUGGGGUGUGGAGCCCAGGGCUGAGUGCUCUAGGGCUGCGCUUUCCCUGCUGCUCUCUCCCAGCGCUGCUCCAUGCUCCUUGAGAGUGGUGAGUCCCCAGUGCAGGGUGCAUUCAGGCCUCAGUGCCACCUGCCCCUGUGCUUUGCCAUGUCCUGGUGCUGUAACAACCGUACCUCUGAUUAAAGGUAGACAGACCCAAACUGCUGCCCUGUGCUUCUUUCCACACUCUGUAGCCCAGCGUCGGUCAGCCCUGGGGUGGUGGGUGCAAAUGCUGCCGGAGCAGGUGUGUGGGUGCUUGGUGUCUGUGUGCAUACAGGGGGAUGUGCUGCCCCCAGGGCACCUCUCCUGGGCUGAGCAUUGGAGAUGAGGGACCCAACUCCACUGUGCCUCUUCCUAACCUCCAAACUGGGGUUGCUGCUAACCUCAGCUCUGUAGCCAUGUGUGGCAGGCCUGCCCCAGGCCAUCUGAACCUGGGCCUUCCCCAACAGCUGUUUCCAUUAGCCAGAGAAAUACCCUAUUGUGUCCCCCAGUGCUGAGCUCCAUGUGCUGCCAAAUCCUGCCAAAGUCCUCUGUCUCCAUGCAGCAGGCAGGGUGGGAGCAUGCAGUGGAGAGCAGCUCAGUGGUGGAGCUGCUGCUUUUUCUUUUGAGUGCUCUCAUCCUGGUGGGUGCAAUGGGGUGGGGGCUCUGUGGCAAACCAAGCCCCGUAAAUGUUAUGGGUUAAAAAUAACCUUGCAGAAAAGGGAGUGGGGAGAGAAGGGAAGCUAUUUUUAACUCAGCAUGCAGCAGCAUUUGGUUCUGUCAUUGGUCUGCAGUCAGUCUGCAUCACUGCAGCUGGGGAAAUGUGGCUCCAUCCUCCAGCCCUGACACCAAAGCAUACUUCCUGGCUGGAUCCUGCUGUCCUUGUACCAUGGUCCUGCUCCCCUGCCCCAGCUGUGUUCCCUUCUCCAUCCCUGGCUUGUGUGCCCUGGCAAAAGGAACAAACAGUGCCUGUCACGGCAGUACCCUGCAGGGAGAGUGGUGACCCCAGUGCAAGUCUGAUGGGGAAGCAAAACACACCCCCACCCCCAUCUUUGCUAGUGCUGCAUACUGAUGGCCAGCUCCUCCAAAACCUGCCCAGGAUGCCUGGUGCAGGAGUUGAAUUGCUUACCUUGCUAAUACUUUCAGUGCUCUCUGCAUUCCUGGUGUGUGGGUCCCUUGCAGCAACAGCAUGUGGUUUCCCAGUCUGCAAACCCUUCAUCCUGAUGAGAAAGUUAAGAGGUUUAAUGCACUUGGCUUAUCCAAGAAGGGAUGGGAUGAAUACCAGGAGAAAGGUUUGCUGGUAGGAAAGGUCCUGUUCAUCAGCUGUUGGAGAGUGGUCUAGGGCUAGAUCAGCUUUGUGUAAUCGGAGCCGGGAAGUGUUGGAAAAAUCUUCUCCAGGGCCACAACCCAUAGGGGUCAGCACAAAGGGGUGACUGGCCAAAGGCAGGGACCCUGCUUACCUGCAGGGCUGUAUGGACAGUCCUGGGGCAAUUGCUGCUGCCAGCCUGGGCCAGAGGGCAUUUUGAUCAUUUGGAGUGGUGGAGUGGUACGAAGGGGUUCCCACACAUGCUUGUAAGGAGCAAAGGGCUUUUGCGGUCGCCUUAUCUCCGUUUCUUCUGCCCUGAUGUGCCAGGGGCCAUUGGGAUCAGGAGCAGGGGGGACUGCUGUUACCAGGCCAACAAGAGCAAAAGUAACUCAUCAGCAGUGGUGCCAUAACCUUGUGUAAUGAGCAUGCCUGGCCACAGGGGAAGAGCUUGGUGUCAUGAUGGCACAGUGGCAUGAGGUGGUGUCAUACUGGCAGCUGGUGCCUUGCACACGUGUGGAACUAAACACAGGAGAUGGGCUAGAGCCUGUCAAGGGCUGAGAGUGCCUUUCUGAGUAAUGGGGACUUUUGUGGGUGUGUGGGAAGAAAUGGGCUGGGGAACAAGAUUUAGGGCUGGUUUUGGUCUUUGGAAAAAGCAGGCAGCCAUAAAGAAACCCCUGCAAAGAAACCCUGGGGCAGCUAGCAGGGCUCGGUGCAGCUAAAGUUGCAGGCUGAGGAGAGUGGUGCCUGCUUGGCAAGACAGUGUUGGUGCAGCCAACUGAAUGCAUCCCAGAUAGAGCUGCCUGAAUUGCUCAGCAGGCUCAAAGCUGAUCAUCUUGGGAGUGUUUGAGGUGGACCAAGGCCAUGUGUGCAUGUGGACUGGUCUUGUCUGACAUGAGUGAGCCUGUAGGCCUGGCAUGCAGGACCAGAAUGUGCAUCAGGACAAGUGCUGGAUGGAGAGGAGGAAUAGCAAUGGCAUGGUGAGGAAGGGCAAGGGGAGAGGGAGGAUAGUCUCCAGCCAGCAGCAAAGGAAGAGCUGAAAUUAGCGUCCUAGCAGCACGUCCUGGCCUGAUAAAAGUACCCCCAAGCCUGGGGCUCCCAUGAGGGCUUGAUGCUUCCACUGGGACCUCCUUGGUAGCUGCUGCCUGAGCUGUUGCGAGUGAUGGAGGUACACCACGUUUGAGCAGGGCUGUGGGGAUGCCAGUGCCAUUUGUGCUGCUGGCCUGGUGCAGGUCAGCAGCCUGGCUGGGCGUUGAGCUUGCACCAGGCAGGAGGGAGGAUCAGUCUGGAUGAGCUAGGCCGUGGUGGUGGGGAACCCUGACUCCAUGGUCGUCAUAUCCCGUGGAGAAACAGGGUGAGGGGUAGCCAUGUAGCGAGCAGUAAGCCUGCUCUGGGCCAGGGCUAACUCCUCAGUGCAAGCAGGCAAGAGGGUGUUUGGAGCCAAGCCCAGUUCCUGGCCACUUGUCUGCAGCAUGCCAGAGCCUGAUCAGUGCCACUCAGCCGUUGCCCCGGCUUGUGUCUCUGU